GACAACUGGAUAAGAGGAUUCUAACUCAGAGAAGCUUCAAUGGACUAUCCCAGUUUGGCUUUUGGACUAUCAGUUACUGUAUGGGUUACCCUAUUGUAUUCUGCACAAGCAGUGGUGGAUGCUGAUGAUGUCAUCACAAUUGAAGAACAGAUAUCCCUUCUAUCUCAAGCUGAACAUCACUGCCAAGAACAUAUUUCAGCUCAGACUACAGCAGAGAAACACAGUGCAUCAGAUGGUCUGGAUUGUCCUUCACAGUGGGACGGUAUAAUAUGCUGGCCUACUGGCUCACCCAACCAGUUGGUAUCUGUUCCUUGUCCAGAAUAUAUCUACGAUUUCAAUCACAAAGGACUAGCCCAUAGAAGAUGUGGGUCCUCUGGACUAUGGGUUCAAGUGUCAGUGGUUAACAGAACCUGGGCCAAUUACAGCGAAUGCAUCUCACUGGACAACCAAGGACACAGAUUUCAGGAGAAGGAGGUGUAUGAGCGGCUACGACUUAUUUACACUGCAGGAUACUCUGUUUCAUUAUGUUCACUGUUCCUAGCUCUCUGCAUUCUCUGCUACUUCAAGCGCCUGCACUGCACACGGAAUUAUAUUCAUGUUCAUCUUUUUGUCUCGUUCAUGUGUCGGGCAGGGAGCAUCUUCCUGAAAGAUGCUGUUUUGUAUUCAAGGGAGAAUAAAUGGAUAGAGGAUGAAAGGAACAAGUUUGGAUUAACUGAGGAAUCUAAGAUUCAGUGGGCUGGCUGCAAAGCGGCGGUAACUAUCUUCCUCUAUUUCUUGGCAACCAAUCACUACUGGAUACUUGUUGAAGGCCUUUAUUUACACAGUUUAAUUUUCAUGGUUUUCCUGUCCUCUGGAAGCUACCUAUGGCUGCUGACCAUCUUUGGUUGGGGUCUUCCAGCUGUGUUUAUCUGCGUGUGGGCAAGUGUGAGACUGUCCUUGGCAGACACGCAGUGUUGGGAUCUUAGUGCUGGUCACAUAAAGUGGAUUUAUCAGACACCAAUUUUAGCUGCAACUCUGGUGAAUUUUUUUCUGUUUCUGAAUAUUGUCAGAGUCUUAGCAGCAAAACUCUGGGAGACAAAAACAGGAAAAUUAGAUCCACGGCAGCAGUAUGGGAAACUCAUUAAGUCCACCCUAGUACUUAUGCCUCUCUUUGGGGUGCAUUAUGUGCUAUUCAUGGCUCUUCCUUACACGGAAGUCACUGGGUUGUUAUGGAAAAUUCAAAUGCAUUAUGAGAUGUUCUUCAAUUCAUCUCAGGGAUUAUUUGUGGCCAUUAUCUACUGUUUUUGUAAUGGAGAGGUUCAAGCUGAAGUUCGCAAGUUUUGGUUCCGCAGAAAUAUGUCUGUUGGCCCUAAGCAGAAGAGUUGUGUAACUAGCACAGGGGGCAGCUGCCCCUAUGGAGGGGUCUUGUCCCACAACACCAACAGUGUGAGUCUCAACAUGGCAGUCAGAGGCAAACAGCUGGCAGUACCGCAUCAGUCCUCAUCCUACUUCCCUGGGUACACCCCUAGCACUUCUCCCUCAAAUGACACCCUACAACUUGCAGGAACCAGCAUUGUGAACUCUGCAGCCCGACCCAAAGCUUAGGACCACAGCACACUGGAUCUACAUUGUAAAACUGUUAAAGUUAAUGAGUUUACAAAACAAUCUUUAUACUUAGGAUACAUCAAUGUCUUCAUAUCUAAAGUAAUGCCAUACAUUUUAGGAAAACUGUAAUGUUAUAGAAUAGAGUUGUGUAGAUACUUUCCCUCUAAGUAUUUUUGCUUCUGUGACAACUUCAAUUUAACAUAUAAUUAAGCCAGAAAAAAAGAGAAUUAUGCCAACCAGGGAACAGACAUUAGAUCAGGGGAUGACAAAUCAAUUUAUAAUGUAAGAGCCAGCAAAAAUAUUUUUUUUAUUUUUAAGACAAGGUUAAUUUGUAUGUGGAUACAUCAGAUACAAGAAUAAAAAUCAAAGAGCUUUUUAGCUUCAGAGAUUUGCCAAUGCCUGCCUAGGACACGCACAACAUUGUUUUAGGGUUAGUUUGCAUAUGAAGAUAUUGAUUUAUUCAAAGUAUAAAUCUUGUUUUUUUACUCAUGUCUCUUGUAAAAUGAAUGAUGUGAAGUCACUGGAAUGUAGAAAAAAAAACUCUGACUAAGAGCAGUCUAUAAUCUCUCCUCCAAAUGUUGAAAGUCUUUAGGGUGGGAUUUUCUUGUUAUUAUUUUGAAUAUGAAGAUAUUGAUUUAUUGAAAGUAUAAAUCUUGUUUUUUCUUA